AUGGCUAGUGUUGCACAAUCAUUAAAUGCGGACAUAACACUUAAGGAUACGGCGCGGAAAUUUGGACCUGGUGGUCAAACGCUAACGCCACGUCAUACCAUCGAUGCCAUACUUGGUCUGAAAAAUCGUGCUGAAAAUGCUGAAGUUGAUAUUUCAGAUGAUGCCACCGAUUUGCGGUGCAAUAUGUCCUUGGUGCAUUUACGUAACAUGGACAACCACAUGGCAAAUAUUUUGCAACAAACACAAAAACAUGGACCAUUCCCCCUAUCAUCACCGACGGGUCAUCAAACAACGCCACAUAAUCCUUUACAUUUGCCACCACCAAAUACAACUCAACUAAAUUAUCACAAUGUCAUGAUGAAUUUUCCCCACCAAGGCACUACAAAUGUUAAUAACAACGCCAGUAGUCCACGUCUGCAUUAUGGCAUACAAUUUGAACCCGCCGUCGAGCACAAUUCCUUUCGCAGCAGUCCCUCUUUAAGUAGCGAAUACUUGAAUUCAAUGCACCAAAUGGUAGAGGCGAGUCACCUUAUGCCGCCACUGCAUCAUACACAUCAACUGCAUACGUUAUCUGAAACAAUUACGCCGACAUCUAAUGCACAACUUCCGACACAGUUAAGUCAUCAACAGCAAUUGGCUGCCUUGGCAGCGCAGGCACAAGCGCAACAUGAACAAAAAUACGCUAAAUCAUCAUCGCAAACUACUUCGUCAAACACAGCUAAUCAGGCAACCGCGGCAUAUUUUAACAGCGCCAAUCAUACGAAUGGCUCCAACGGGUCGCACGCCAUUACCAACACAAACAAUAUACUUGAUUUUGAUGAACGCUCUAUGUCUUCAUCAUCACUAAAUGAAGAUAUCGAUGCUGCCGAUGAUGAAGAUACAAAGGAGCACCGCAAUUCCGCAACGAUUGAUGUAACAACACCGCAAUCGCCUGCAAUCGCUGCGAAAAUGCAAUUCGGCAAUCUUAAACGCAAGUCCGCUGACUCCUACUGUGAUGAAUUGGAUGACCAAAAUAAUGAGGCACACAUUAAUGCUGUUAAAUUAGCCAACGGAAGUAUGCACGAUAAUUAUACGCUAAAGGGUUUCGAAGGUAUAAGAGCGCGUUCAUUUGAAGAAGUUCAAUCAUUGAAUGACAAUUGCAAUAAUUUAGAAUCACAGCAGACUCAGCAUCAGAACCAACAACAACAACAGCAGCAACAAUUCCAGCAGUUACAACAACGACACUUGGAAGAAUAUCGGUUAGGUGCUAGUGGGUCGUCUGGUCCAUCGGAGCAACAAGAUCGUAUUAAUGAUAGUGACAGCGUCGUAAAUGGUAGUUGUGCGUCUAGUGAAGAUCUCAAUCAAACGAAUUCAAGUGAACAAGGCGAAAAAAUAACUUCGGGCAGUGAUGAUGAAGGUCAAGACGAUAACUGUUCGAAGAAAAAGCAUCGACGAAAUCGUACCACCUUUACCACAUAUCAAUUACAUGAACUUGAACGUGCUUUUGAAAAAUCUCAUUAUCCUGAUGUGUAUUCAAGGGAGGAGUUAGCAAUGAAAGUCAAUCUGCCUGAAGUUCGAGUACAGGUUUGGUUUCAAAAUCGCCGUGCAAAAUGGCGCCGACAAGAAAAAUCUGAAAGUUUACGACUUGGCCUCACACAUUUUACGCAAUUACCACAUCGUUUAGGCUGUGGCGCUUCAGGUUUACCGGUUGAUCCUUGGCUUUCACCACCUUUACUAUCCGCAUUACCAGGUUUCCUUUCGCAUCCGCAGACCGUCUAUCCCAGCUAUUUAACACCACCACUUAGUUUGGCGCCAUCAAAUCUAGCAAUGAGUAGCCUAGCAGCUAUGGGUCAUGGACCACACAUACCCCAAGUGCAUGCAACACACGGACCACCACCCGGACAUCCGCCACCACCGUUAGGCGCACCAACACAUCCAGGCCAUCAUGUGCCAUUAUCACAUUUAUCUCCACAUUUGUCACGCAUGUCACCACAAAGUUUGGCCACAAUGCCACCACAAUUAAUACCAGCCACAAGCGUAACUUUAUCGAUUGCUGCUGCCAACUCGUCUGUCGCCACAUCAACUGUCACAAAUGCAAAUUCAGUUGCAUUAUCACAUUCCGGCAUGCCACCACCCACACUAAAUUCCCCACAGACCACACCAAAUAGUAAUAAUGCAUUGUCACCACAGAAUCUCACCACAAACAAUGAGACAAAUGAACUUCUAGGCGGAAAAUGCGCAUCAGCGAAUAUUGAAGUCGUCGACGUUGGACGUGAAAGCCCAGUGGCAAUUUUGCACAGCAACAGCAACAGCAUCGGUGCUGUCAACCGCACAUCAACAAAUUCACCAAAUCAACCGCAAACAGUGGACAUUCGCUCCAAUUCUAUCGCUACAUUAAGAAUAAAGGCAAAGGAGCAUCUCGAGAGCAUAAAUAAGGGGUUAGCCAUGGUUUAAUUAAGCGGUGAAUCUGUCAUUUUUAUGAGCCCAUCUCGUCUGUUGCCAGUGAUUGCCAGUGAUUGAUGUAAAUAAAAACGUUAAUUAAAAAUUGACUUAAGAAAAAUAAUGGGAAUUUAUGUGUUUUAGCAAAUUAAUUAAAAACUCGCAAAAUUUAGUUAGUAAGUGAAAAGGAAUUAGAAUUAAACUUUAAAUUAGCACAGAUUAAGCACAACAUUAAAAUAUCAUUGUAAUUAAUUGUAAUUUUAACAUCACUUAGGACUAGAGUAGCAUUUGAACUGAGCUCAUGUGAACCAUAUGAGAAUUGUAAAAAUAAGUUAAGUACUUAAAGCACUUGAUAUUGCAAAUUGCUCAAAUCUAAC